AUGCUAGUUGGCAGUUGGCUUCGAAAUGUUCGCGAUGAAACAUUCUCGUCGUCGUAGCAGCGCAUGGUCGUCAUACACAGGCAGUUCCAGUGAGGAUGAUGAUGUAUCACCUCGUGAGAAAAUUCAAAGCAACUCGAAAGGCUUUGCGGACUUUUGUGUAAGAAAUUUGCAGCAGCAUGCAUUUGGACGUCGUGAAAUUGAAAUUGCUGAGCAAGAAAUGCCUGGAAUUAUGGCUCUUCGAAAACGUGCUUCCGAUGAUAAACCCCUAAAAAAUGCAAAAAUUGUUGGAUGUACACAUGUCAAUGCACAAACGGCAGUGCUAAUUGAAACUUUAGCGGCAUUGGGUGCAUCUGUUCGUUGGGCAGCAUGCAAUAUCUAUUCAACACAGAACGAAGUUGCUGCCGCAUUAGCUGAGAGUGGAUUUAGUGUAUUUGCAUGGCGUGGCGAAACAGAAGAAGACUUCUGGUGGUGUAUUGAUAAGUGUGUUAAUGCCGAAAAUUGGCAACCAAAUAUGAUUCUCGACGACGGUGGUGAUGCAACGCAUUUAAUGUUAAAAAAAUAUCCCGCAAUGUUUAAAUUGAUUAAAGGAAUUGUUGAAGAGAGUGUCACUGGUGUACAUCGUCUUUAUCAGUUAUCAAAGAGUGGCAAAUUGACAGUUCCAGCAAUGAAUGUUCAUGAUUCGGUUAUCAAGACGAAAUUUGAUAACUUUUAUAGUUGUAAGGAGAGCAUCAUAGAUAGUUUGAAACGAUCAACUGAUAUUAUGUUCUCGGGAAAGCAAGUUGCGCUCUGCGGAUACGGUGAAGUCGGUAAAGGUUGCUCACAAGCUUUAAAAGCGCUCGGCUGCAUUGUAUACGUCACAGAAAUCGAUCCUAUCUGUGCACUUCAAGCGAGUACUGACGGCUUUCGUGUUGUUAAAUUGAACGAAGUCAUACGAAAUGUUGAUAUCGUCAUCACAACUACAGGCAAUAAGAGUGUGGUCACACGUGAACAUAUGGAAAAAAUGAAAAAUGGAUGCAUUGUUUGCAAUAUGGGUCAUUCGAAUACAGAAAUCGAUGUGAAGGAUCUUCGUACGCCAGAUUUAACAUGGGAAAAAGUUCGUUCUCAAGUCGAUCAUAUCAUAUUCCCAGAUGGCAAACGAAUUGUAUUAUUAGCCGAAGGACGAUUGGUAAAUUUAUCAUGCUCAAGUGUUCCAUCAUUCUGCGCAAGCAUCACUUCUGCAACACAAGCUUUAGCUUUAAUUGAACUUUAUAAUGCACAGCCAGGACGUUAUAAGUGCGAUGUAUAUUUAUUAUCCAGAAAAAUGGACGAGUAUGUAGCGAUUUUGCAUUUGCCAACAUUUGAUGCUCAUUUGACUGAGCUUUCAGACGAACAAGCUAAAUAUAUGGGCUUAAGUAAAACUGGUCCAUUCAAGCCGAACUAUUAUAGGUAUUAAAGUGCAUACAAUAAUUUACACAAACAAUUUGGAAUCGGAAGCUUUCCAUUCCAACAAACGAUGGAAAAUCUACCUGUAAUAACAAACUUAUCAUUCUUGUUAAGAACCAACUUAAGGCGAAUUGACGAAUUUUAUUUUUAUGUCUACCUAUUGAUCUUCUAAACCUGUUAGAAUUCUAUCCGCUGAUGCUAUCUACCUUCUUCUAUUCUAAAUCAACAUUCAAUAUUGAUUUCAAUUUCCAAUGUCACAUCAAUUUUCAAUCACAAUAAGAUGACGACUAUUGAGAAUUUAUUAUUUACGUCUUUCCUGAUUCUUAUCCUUUCGAUCCAUAAACAAAUAUAUGAAUAAAUAAAUACAGACUAAGGUCAUUGGAAAUGAUUUGCAAGUCUCUUUUUUUUCAUUUUUUUAUUUUUUAA